AUGACGCUAAGAAAGGCACACUGGAGAAGCGCCACGGCAGCUGAAAACAAUGCAGGUCGGCAGAGGAGGAAGGCAGAGGACCAAGGAAGAACCAGCUUAGCCCACUCAUUUGUUGUGUCUCUUUCAGGUCCGUGUGCCCGUGUGCAUGUGACGUUCGUCCCCUGCCCGCCCCGCGGCCCUCUCCUGUGUGACGGACGCCUCCCCUUCCACGCCGCUCAAUCAUCUGUGGCUGCUCGACACGACAUCCGCACGGCCACAUGGACACAAAUGACCACUUCAGCCACGCCCCCGGUUCGAGACCGACACGCCAUCUGUCCGGUCGGCAGCUACAACAGCGGCCAGAACGAGGAUGUCCUGAGAGGGGGAGUUGGAAGCGACGGGCGGGUGCUGGGCGACGUGUGGCGGCUAAGGGUGGACGGGACCCAGGCAGCAUGGGAGGAGAUCGCCACGUCUGCCGAUGAUUGUGGCGGCCCGGGAGCUGUCCACUCCCACAUAUCGGCAUGA